UCUGGCUCCUAUCAAUCAGCUCAACCACACUACCAUGGACGAGGUGGAGUCGUCGUCGCCACACUCGCCGCCGUCGCUGCGCCAUAAGCUGAGGACCACCGUGUGCGGCUGCUUCGGCUCGCCUUCGUCGCCGGGUAGCGGCGGGGAGGAGCCAAAAAGCGGGGGCAGGGCCAGGUGGAGGGGGCGCGUGGCGGCCGCGGGGGAGUUCAGAUACGACCCGCUCAGCUACGCGCUCAACUACGACGACGGCGGCAGCGACGGCGGCGCCGAAGCGGAGGACUCCGCCUUCCGGCACAGAAACUUCAACUCCCGUCUGCCUUCAUCGCCGGUGCCGGCCUCCCGAGCCGUCGCCAUCGCCUGA